AUGGGUGUGCUCAGAGAAGCUCCAGGAAGUUCCCCGAAGGUGGAGGGAUUGUUGGAUCUUCCCUCUAUUCCAGUACUCAAACAGAAUGGGUCCCACGAUUCGUUCAGCUUCUACAUUGAUGAAGCCUCUCCAGUAGGCCCUGAGCAACCAGAAACUGUCCAAAACUUUGUGUCUGUGUUUGGAACUGUAGCCAAGAAGCUGAUGAGGAAAUGGUUAGCCACUCAAACAAUGAGUUUCACUGGUCAGCUAGGAGCUGGAAUCCGCUACUUUGACCUCCGAAUUUCCACCAAGCCCAGAGACCCAGACAAUGAACUGUAUUUUGCUCAUGGCUUAUUCAGUGCCAAAGUCAAUGAGGGUCUUGAAGAGAUCAAUGCAUUUCUCACAGACCACCACAAAGAGGUAGUAUUCUUGGACUUUAACCAUUUUUAUGGCAUGCAGAAAUAUCACCAUGAAAAACUGGUCCAAAUGCUGAAAGACAUCUAUGGAAACAAAAUGUGCCCAGCCAUUUUUGCCCAGGAAGUGAGUCUAAAGUACCUGUGGGAGAAGGACUAUCAAGUAUUGGUCUUCUACCAUAGUCCAGUGGCAUUAGAAGUGCCCUUUCUCUGGCCUGGGCAGAUGAUGCCAGCACCCUGGGCAAACACAACAGACCCUGAGAAAUUGAUCCAGUUUCUUCAGGCAUCCAUCACUGAGAGAAGAAAGAAGGGCUCGUUUUUUAUAUCUCAGGUGGUGCUGACUCCCAAAGCAAGCACUGUGGUCAAGGGUGUGGCAAGCGGCCUCAGAGAAACAAUCACAGAAAGAGCUCUUCCUGCCAUGAUGCAGUGGGUCGGCACCCAGAAGCCAGGAGAGAGUGGCAUCAAUAUUGUCACUGCUGAUUUUGUAGAACUUGGCGAUUUUAUCAGCACUGUCAUAAAACUCAACUAUGUCUUUGAUGAGGGAGAAGCCAACACUUGAUAUUACUCUCCUGAGUGUCCAUGAGUAAGAUAGAGAAGCCUCAUUGUAUUAGACAUAUUAUCAAUACACCCUCUGAUGUUCCUAUUCCACUGAGUCUCUAAAGAUAUUUGGGGUGGCAGUGAAUAGGAAAAGAGGGUAAAUCAUGUCUUCAGUGAUUGUAACCAUAUUCUGCAUUACUAUAAAUAUGUCAUUUCCCAUUUGGUGAGCAAAAUCUACUUCUAGUGUUAGGAAUAGAAAAGAACAGUGAAUUUUGUUUUUCAGAAUUAAUGUUUGUGAUAUGUAACUCAUGAGUGUUUACUUGAUUGCAUUUUCUAAUUUCAAUCUCGGGCUCCUAUACUAUUCAUACCUUCUACCCUUUCCACUACCCCUCUCUUGCUCGCUCUUUCUAAUUAGAUGCUAUGUGGGUUUCAAAACAAUUGAAUGCCCAACAUAAUGUGGAUUACAUUGUUGUACUGAAAUGUGUUUGUUUUGUGAGACUUGAUAAAAUAUUCCAUAGUCAUCUGCAAUUGGGCGAUCACAGCUAAUUCUUGCUCAUAGAAGAUAUGCAUUAAAUCAGUUUCCCUGCAUCAGUA